UACUCAGCGGAAACAUGGCAAGAGGUCAACAGGCCAACCAGGAGCUCACUGAGGCGCUGAACCAGCUCUGGUACCUGGAUAACAACCGCCUCAGGCCGGGGACUGAUUACAUCAUUUCCCUACAGGGGAGGGCAGGAUAUGUGGCUCAGGGCAGUACCUACGCCAGAGACAAAGCCAGAGCUCCACUCUUCUCAUACGUCAACGAAGACAAGCUCAAGAGUAUCGAGACAUAUGCACAUUUCAUCAACUUGCUGGACAACUAUGAGAUGUCCACAGGAGUGUCAGAGAAAGUCACGUCAGAGGAGCUUCAGGAGAACAGGCUGUUUAUCGAUGCCAUAAUGGAGACGGAUGUCAUGAAGUGUGCCCACAAGUAUCUGGUCAAGAAGGGCCAGUCGCCAUCAGACCGUGGACAGUUUAAACAACAGCUGUAUGACAUCUGGUUCCGCCUCUACCACAGAGAGAGAGGAGGGGGAGAAGAUUCUUGUGGAUUUGAACAUGUUUUCGUGGGAGAAACCAAAUAUGGCCAAGAGAUCAUGGGUCUUCACAACUGGGUCCAGUUCUACCUGCAGGAGAAACACAGUCAUGUCGACUACAAAGGUUAUAAAGCUCGAGACAACAAAGAUACACCUGAUGAGGACGACCAUGUCCUGAACCUGCAGUUCAGCUGGAAGGGCCUCGUGAAACCGAUCGGUGGUUCCUUCAUCGGAGUGAGUCCAGAGUUCGAGAUCGCUCUCUUCACCAUCAUCUUCCUCAUGUCCACUGAGAAGAUGACAUCCGUGGUGGUGAAAGUGGACGAGUACAUGCUGGAGCUGGUUGUGUAUCGGCACGGGCGAUCCAUCGGCACGUCUUAUCCGAAACUGAUGGGUCUGUUGAUUGACCUGGACCCUGAGGAGAUGAUGGGUUUGGAGGAGAAUCUGGACGACUCGGACCUGGAGGCUGAACUCGCAGCGAUCACUGGAGAAAAAGCUGCGGUCAGAGGCCGAGCCAAGCAGAAGGGGAAGACCCCUUUGCCCAUGGAAGACAUCGCUAGAAUGGCUGAUGAGUGCAUGAAAGAUGUGGAUGAAGACGACGAUGAUGACGAUGAUAUGGAAGAUGACGAAGAUCUGUUGGCAGAGCUACAGGAAGUGGUUGGUGAGGGGGAAGCUGAGGAUGUAGCAACUGUUUCCUCCUCAUCAUCUACCACUGCCGAACUUUCUGAAGCUGUAACACAAGAGUCUCCACCGCCGCAGCAGGAAGUACAGGUCUCCUCAUCGCCCCCCGGCAGCCUCCAGCACACUCUGGAGGAGAGGAUCGCCAUGUACAAGACGGCCUCGCAAAACGCCAAGAGCGCAGGAGAGACCUCAAAAGCCAGGAGGUUCGAUCGCGGUCUGAAGACUUUGGAUACGAUGCUAGCUGCGGUGAAAAAGGGGAGGCCUGUGGACGAGGCAGAAAUCCCUCCUCCUGUCGCCACUGGAGCCCAGAGGGACGCCCCCCGUCCCGCUGUUCCUGCACGACCUGCCCCCCCUGUACCAUCGAGUUCUGAAUCCACUUCUCCAGAUCAGCAGGAGGACUCGGAGGCCACAACGCCACCGCCUGCUGUACCAGAGAUCGUCACGCCCACCAGUGAUGAGGAGCAGUCGUCCUCCGCCACCGCGUCCCAUCUGAGCAGCGUCCCAUCUCCAGAGGAGCUGACAGAGGAACCUGCUCACGUGCUGCCAACGGGUCAGACAGACGCGAGCGAGGCGACCAAGGCGAUGCUUUUGGAGAGGCAGAACGAAUACAAGAUGGCCGCUCUAAGAGCCAAGAAGCAGGGAGACGUGGAGCAAGCUAAACUUUACUUCAGGACCAGCAAGAGGUUCGAUCCAGUGAUCGAGGCGUUGGAGAAAGGACAAGCAAUCGACCUGAGCGGCCUCCCUCCAUCUCCAGGACAGGGUUCAGGAGGAAACUCUGCUCUAAUGAAGGACCAGUCCUCAAACACACAGGUCACCCAACCAGUUGCUGCACCCGCAGCCCCUGCAGCCCAGUCAGCCCCCGCCCCCCCCAAAGACGUGUUGGAGGCUCUGGAGCAGAGACGAGCCAAGUAUGUGGAGGCGUCCGCUCAGGCUAAAGCCGGCGGAGACGACCGCAAGGCCCGAAUGCACGAUCGCAUCGCCAAGCAAUACCAGAGCGCCAUCCGAGCUCACAAAGCAGGAAAACCCGUCGACUUUGACGAGCUGCCGGUUCCCCCCGGAUUUCCUCCAAUCCCAGGCCAGAGAGCGACAGCAGCUGAGCAGGGAUUUGUCGCUGCUCUGGAGGCGGCCAGUAAGAUCGUGGAUACAGCUGAAGCUCCAGAGGAAGAGGAAGAUGAGGAGGAAGCGUCGAAGGCCGCUGUUCCAGAAGAGACAAAGAAACCAACGUUAGACGUCCCCACUGCAGGUCAGGGACGGAAAAGAACUCCUUCAGCUUCACCUGACAGAUCAGCUGCAAGAGACGGACUCUCACCCACAGUGGUUCAGCAGCUGGAGUUCCUGGAGGGUCGGAAGAAGCAGUACAUGAAGGCAGCGCUGACUGCGAAGCAGAAGAACGACAUGGAGCAGGCCAAGAGCUUCCUCCGCACCGCCAAGGGCUUUGACCCCAUGAUCGAGGCAGCGCGCAGCGGGAAAUCUGUGGACAUCAGCACGGUGCCGUCGCCCCCUGGUGAUGAGGACGAAGACUUCAUCCUGGUUCAUCACAGCGACGUUCAGGUCUCAGAAAAAGCCGAGCAGGUUUACACACAACUGGCCAAGAUCCUCAAAGAGCAGUACGAGGUAAAACUGCAGGAUUACACAUGAAGCGUUUAGAGUAGAGUGAUUUCCUUUAUUAACAGUGUACUCGUAUCCUCCAGGUUUGAGAGGAUGGCGGAGAGUUGUAAGAAGAGUCUGGAGGUUCUGAAGCUGGCUCAGUCGAGGGCUCUGCCUCCUCCUAAACAUCACUUUGAGGAGAGAUCGUUUCACACAGCCCGGAUAUUUCCAGAGCUGAGCAGCACUGACAUGGUGGUUGUCAUCGUGAAAGGGAUGAAUCUUCCAGCACCAAGUGGAAUCCAAACCAACGAUCUGGACGCUUAUGUCAAGUUUGACUUCCCCUACCCGAGCAGCGAGCAGCCUCAGAAACACAAAACAUCUGUCAUCAAGAACACAAACUCUCCAGAAUACAACCAGAGCUUCACGCUGUCAAUCAACCGCAACCACCGCGGCUUCAGGAGGGUGGUGACGUCCAAAGGCCUCAAACUGGAGCUGCUGCACAAAGGAGGUUUCCUCCGGAGCGACAAGCCGAUCGGGACGGCCAUCGUGAAGCUGGACAAGCUGGAGUCUCAGAGUGAAAUCAGGGAAAUCGUAGAGGUGAUGGACGGGCGCAAACACACAGGAGGUCGUGUCGAGGUGAAGAUCCGCCUGCGGGAGCCUCUGAGCGGUCAGGACAUGCAGUCGAGCACCGAGCGCUGGCUGGUGAUCGACCAGUCACAGGUUCUUGUUUAGAUGAAGCUACAGGAUUGAAGAUGACUCACACGAUACAGAAACACUCAGAGGAGGUGAAGAGAGACGGGCGUUUCGGAUCUGACUUGGACGAACGGUCUGUGGUUCAGAUUGGCUCUUUUCACUAAAAAAAAAUAAAUAAAAAAAAUAGGUUUGCACAUUUGCAAGACACGGGAGCUCCCUCACAUGCAGCCGUCUACGAGGAGCCCGGUUUACAGAGGGUCGGCUUGGCUGUCGUCAGUCUGAGGAGCUGCUCUGGCGUCCCGUGCUGAUGAUGAAGGGGCUCAGUGUCGAGCUCCCCUGAUCCUGCUGCCCGACUAUAGUUAAUAUAAUAGAGAGAAAAAGAAUGUGUACAUAUUCUUCAUAUUAUACAGCUCUGGUAUCUAGAACUGCACCUAUGCACUAAUACCAAAGUAAUCACUGUUGCUGUAAAAUCCUGCAUAUUUGAAAUCGCCUUUAGCUGCCAAACCUGCUACGACACGACGGGUUCAUGUGUGUGACGGGAUGUGAGUCGUCAGGGUCCUUCUUUAUUUCCCCACACUACACUUCUGCUUCUCAGUGUGAACGUAUCGGGCUGACGCAGCGACAUCACAGAUGUUUUACAGGAGUAAGCCAAGGAAAGUUCCAUAACAUAAUAAUAAUCUCACAGACCACACUCACUGUUAGCACCUUCACUGGUUUAUCUUUAGUUGUGUCCGACUGACUUGUUGUUAACAGCACAAAUCUGAGAAACAAAUGUUUAAACUGAUUCAUUAUUUUUAUGAGUAAACAAGAAAGAUGUGAAAAACUUAAGCUCAAAUAUUGUGGGUGUUGAUCUUCUCCUGUUCUUAAAAGAUGUGGAAGUAAACUUUCUAAACUAUGCAUCAGUUCUCUCACCUGGUGGAAACUGAAGCCGUCGGCAUCUUAAAGGGACAGUUCACCCAAAUUACAAGGACAGAAAACUGCAUUUUUCCAUUUUCUCACCUGCCCGUUGGAUAAACAUGUAAAGGAAGUGCUUUCUAAACAGGGAUUUGUUUCCUGCAGAAUCACUAAAUCUGGAUAUUUGAUCAACUUGAAACUGGAUUGAAAAUGUUUCCUGCACCUGAAGCUCAUUCCCAGUUUUAGCGUCCGUCAGCUCGUUGUUUUGGUUUCUCCACUUUCUCAGCCGGUCAAACAUUCAGACAUUUCCCCUCAGCAGCUGGUGACGAGCUCGGAGACAGUGAAUGAGUAACAGAGCCAUAAACCCCCCCCCCCCCAAGAAAAAAUCAGCUUUAAGUGAGAAAAGUUUUUCUGUGAUUUGAGUGAACGCUCCCUCAAAAGUUUAAAUUUCAGCUUUGUAAUAAAGUUCCUGAGUCCACCACAUAAAUUCAGUUUCCAACAGUUUUACCUCAACGUCUGCAACAUUAUUCAGUUGCCAUGGUCACAACAUUUCUGUUUCUCAGUAUCGUUUACUUGACACUUUGUCCUAAAUAAUUAAAACACUGUUACCAAUCAUUUUAUUUUCUGUGGUCAUAUUUGUUCGUUAUAUCAAUAAAACACUAAAGAAUC